AUGGCUGCGCCCAUAGAAAAUAAUAUUGAAGCAGAUAUUUGCAAAAGAUUUAAGAUUCCUGCUCUCAGACCUAAUCAAAAGAAAGCUAUUUAUGCUGUCAGUGAUAGAAAAGAUGUUUUCGUCGGAACGAAAACAGGCAGUGGAAAAUCUCUGACCUACGAGUGCAUUCCAAUACUUUUUACCGGAGCGUGUGUCGUUAUAAUAACGCCGCUAAUUUCUAUAAUGUCUGAACAAUGUAAAAAAUUGACUGCUUUGGGUUUCAAAGCGACCUACAUAGGAAAAGACUCGGCUGAAACGAAUCACAUAAUAAAUGGGGAGUAUGACUUUAUUUAUGCAAGUCCCGAACAGCUGGUUGGUGAUGUGAAAUGGCGAGGUGUCCUGAAAUCUGAUAUCUACCAGCGAAAGCUAAGAGCAAUUGUAGUCGAUGAAGCACACACAGUCAUACAAUGGGGAGACUCUCAAGAGAAGAAAACAGAACCAUUUAGAGAAUGGUUUUUUAGAAUUGGGGAACUUCGUUCACUAUGUUCCAGCGCUCAAAUGGUGGCACUUACAGCAACAGCAGGGCCAAGCAACAGAAGAAAAAUAUUAAAUCAAUUAAGCUUUUCUUCCAAUGCAGAAAUUGUUGUUGAAUCUCCUGACAGAUUGAAUAUAAAAAUAUCAUCCAAAUGUAUUCCUAAUAAUGACAAAAUCGAGAAUGUGUUUGCAUGGUUAAUUUCUGACUUGAGAGCACUAAAAGAAAAGAUGUCACGUCAUGUUAUAUUUUGCGAGUCUAUAUCUGAUGUUUCAAAACUGUACGUUGCUUUUGUUAAAAUAUUUGGUGCAAACUGUGAAUUGAUUAACAUGUAUCAUAGUAAAACUAAUGAAAAGUUAAAAGAAAAAAUCAGAGCCGACAUGGCUGUGGAUGGGAAAAUUCGAAUUCUUAUCUGUACUAAUUCUGCUGGGAUGGGCGUUAAUUUUUUUGGCCUGAAUAAUAUUGUUCAUUAUGGAUUGCCCAGAGAAAUGGACACUUUUGUGCAACAAAUGGGGCGAUGUGGUAGAGAUGGCAUGCUGUCAAAUGAACUCAUACUAUUCAAAAACCACAAGGGACACUUAAAGAAGGUUGAAUGUGAACUCGUAAAAUUGGCAAAAGACAGCAAUGAAUGCAGGCGAAACAAUUUGUGCAAAGCAUACGCGAUGAAAAAAGCUAAUAUCAUUCCCAUUCAUAAUUGCUGUGAUGUCUGCGAGAAGAAGUGUAGUUGUGAUGAUGACACUUGUCCCAACACCCACAAAGUUAACCAAGAGACAGAACAGGAAGAGGAAGCAGAGGAAGAAAUGAGUCGAGAGGUGUCUGAAGAAGACAGAAAAUUUCUCAAACAAAAGUUAUUAGCUUUGAAAUAUCAAAUGUCGGUUGAAUAUGACAGUGUUUUGCAAUUUGAGUUAAUUUAUGGUUUAACAGAUAAAGUUAUUGAUAGUGUUGUUGAAAUAUGUCAUCUAAUAUUUAAUCCAGAUGAUGUCAUGAAGUGUUGUCAAAUAUGGUCAUAUGCAUCAGCUGUAAUUGUAUGUAAUAUUGUCAAUGAAGUAUUUGGAGACAUAGAAUUUUAUCAAAUAGACACUGACUCUGAAUAAUAAAGUGUUCUGUAUAAAAGUGCCCCACAACAGCUCGAUAUGCCAAUCAAUUAUUGUCAAGUUAUAAUAGUUUCGAGUUCAAGAGAUUAGUCAACCAUUUCAACAAUUUUUCAUUUCCUAUAAUGUUUGAUGUACAUACAUCUCCUGUGGUUUAGGUAUUAUUAUAACAAAUGAUACAUCAUUUUUUUCCUACUGGUUGUGUUACAUUAACAAGUGCCUAUCUGCAGAUUUUGUUUAUUGCAUGGUUGAUUAACAAUGAUACAUCAGAACAGAUCAUGUUUAUUAUUUUGUCAUUUUAGUAAGACAUGACACUGUUCAAUUUAUG